CCAAGUCCAUGCUCAGAACAUGCCAGUCAGCAGCUGUUGUCCUCAAGCGCUUUAUUGGAGAAUUGGAUAUAUCACAACACAAUGUCAAUGGCGACUGGUGAAGAUGAUUUACAUUGGAAGAAUUUGUAUUCUGCAACCUCUGGGGAUCUUGAUCUAAAGCGCCUUGAGGAAGCCUACAAGGGAUGGUCAGAGACAUAUGAUGAGGAUCAGGUCAAAAUGAAAUUUAACGGCCCUCAUCAAGCAGCACAAAAACUGUCCAGCUUGAUGGCAGAUAAAAGCAAGAAGAUCCUAGACGUGGCUUGUGGAACUGGAGGGGUCGGCAAAGAGCUUCAUUCACAAGGCUAUGUGAAUAUAGAUGGUGUUGAUCUGGUUCAGGACAUGCUCACUCAUGCGGAACAAACAGGAGUAUAUUCCCGACUCGAGGCUUGUGACGUCAUAGGUCAAGGGAUUUCUUGUCCGGAUGGUACCUAUGACGCUAUCGUGUGUGUAGGGGCAUUCAACCAGGGGAAUAUAACACAAGCAGUGUUUCCAGAACUGCUCCGGGUAGCAAAGAAAGGUUGUAUCAUUUUGAUUGUUAUGCGAGAGGCAUUCGUCUACACCUGUCCCGACUUCAAGAAUGGUCAACUCGACACGGACAUUCUCAUGCGUGCUCAGAACGGAAUCUGGAAAUAUACCCUACGUGAAACAGUCCCUAAAUUCAUUGGGGAUUUAUCUGGUCUUCUUUAUGCGAUGGAAGUCCAGUAAUAUCUUCGUGUUCCACAGUUUAUAGAUGAGGCUACCCUGUAUAAACAAGACAUAUUAUUAUUAUUAUUAUUAUUAUUAUUAUUAUUACUCAUGUUGCAUAAAGAGAUGUCGAUUGCAAAUAGUAUUCUAUCAACAGGUUUCAAUAAAUGUGUAUAGAAUAAUUUUGUCA